UUAAUCGGCGGUACCUUGUUUCUCCCUGCGCAUGUCAAUGGUCUUGUCGCUUAAAAAAUCAAUGGCUUCAGAUUCCGAAUAACUUGCAGUCACCAAACGAGGCGUUCUUCAAGCGUCCGCCUAGAGCAACUUUUAAGGGUUUCAAGAGGAAAGGAGAGGAUAUCAAGUGUAAUGGCCUCCGAAAGGGAAGUUUUUGAACUUUCAGGGCCAUUACACCUAACUCCUGUUGACUGGGAGAAUGCCGAUCACAGAAGGUCAGUUGCUGCUUGUUUGGUACAAGGUGUCUACAUAUUAGAACGCGAUCGUCAGGAGAAACGUCAAGGUUCUGAUGCGUUAGCUCCCCGCUGGUGGGAAUUCUGCCACUUUCGGUUGUUUCGUCAGCUUGUUGACGAUGUUGAUUCUUCCAUAUUUGGUGCUAUUUAUGAAUUCAAACCCGUGCUGCUUCAAGGCGACCACAAAAUAGAUGGUAGUCCACGAUAUGUGAUUGCCUUCCGAGGCACCCUGACCAGACCAGAUUCUGUCUCUCGUGAUAUAGAGUUAGAUCUCCACUUCAUGCAAAAUGGACUGCAUCGAACAUCGCGUUUCGAGAUCGCGAUGCAAGUGGUCAGGAACAUGGUUGCUACUGUUGGUGAUUCAAAUAUCUGGUUAGCUGGCCAUUCCCUGGGGUCAGCCAUGGCAAUGCUUGCUGGAAAAACCAUGGCGAGAACCGGCAUUUUCCUCGAAUCAUAUCUCUUUAACCCACCAUUCUUUGCUGCACCAAUCGAGAGAAUCAAGGACAAGAAAUUGAAACAUGGCAUACGGAUUGCUGGCAGCGUUAUCACAGCAGGACUUGCUUUUGCUUUGAAGGCCAGUAAUAAUAACCAGAGAAAUCGAACCGAGGAACCAUUUUUUGCCAUUGCAGCAUGGGUUCCAUCUCUAUUUGUUAAUCCAUCAGACCAUAUAGGAUCAGAAUACAUUGGAUAUUUCGAGCACAGGAAGAACAUGGAAGAGAUCGGUGCAGGAAGCAUCGAGAGAUUAGCAACCCAGAACUCGAUUGGAGGCCUUUUGCUGAAUGCAAUCGGGCGGGAAUCAGAGCCGCUGCACCUCAUUCCUUCAGCAAGCUUGACAGUAAAUUUAGCUCCUGCACAGGAAUUUAAACAAGCCCAUGGCAUUCAUCAGUGGUGGCAGCCACAUCUGCAGUUGCACUCAAAGAUCUAUAAGUAUUCCUAGAUUUUCCUGCGUCUAAACUUGUGAGAUGUGCAAUUUAUCAGUGUUGUAUGUUUGGUGGAUUAGCAUUUGAGAUUUGCCUCUUCUUUGUUUAUAAUAUGAAGAGAGAAAACUUGUCCAUUGAUGACCACUUCGGGCUGUUAGCAUCAGUCUAGUUCAUGUUUAUAUUGAACGUUGUAGAUUGUUAACUAUUUUAUCAUUAUUUCAUGGUUAAAUUAUGAACUUUAUCCAUGUAAUUUGUAGA